AUGCGCAGAACUAAUGCCUCAGAACAGAAUUUUGAGUAGUACUUCUUGAACAAACUAAAAGAUAGUAAAAUAAGUUUGUAUAUAGGUAAAUGCACUACAAGAAUUCUGUCCAUCGGAGAACAAAUAAUCAAGGAAUAACUUUAUCAUUAUUAAGUGAUGGAGCGUCAUGGACCUUCCUUAAAGCUAGUUUACAAUUACUUAUCCAAAAACAUCCCUAUUACAAUACUAUGUGUGAUGGCAAUCCAGACUCUUACUUGUCUGGAGCAAAUCCAUAAGCAAUUGAUCAUUCAUCGCAAUAUUAGACCCAAGAAAUUGUUAAUCUCUCAAAGUGGUUAAGAAAUUUUAUUGACCGAUUUUAAGUAUGCUUGUAGAUACAGGAAACAGCAAAAUAAUAUCAUUGUAAAUGAUACAUUACGCAAUUCUUAGAACAAAAGGUUUCUAAAUAAAUUCUCAAGUCUGAAUCAGCAUUUAGAACAAGUCUCUUCUCCCAAGGACGACCUUGAAUCUCUAGCCUUGAUCAUACUCUAUUAUGGCGGAUUUGCCUAACUCCUAGACAUAAAAGAAGAGAACAGGGGACUUAAAAUUAAAAAGUUGGAACAAGUUAAAUUAACAUUGCUACCGGAACUGUCCUUCAAGGGAGCCCCAUUGGAAUUUAUUCAAUUUUACAAUGGAGUUAAAUAAUCAUCAUUCAGCGAUUACCCUUAGGAAUAUGAAAAAUAUAAACAGUUAUUUCGGAAACUAUUGAACGGUUGCGGUUAUUCAGAGAAAGAUGUUGUUUACCCCCAUUUACAGAUGAUGAAACAACAACAAUAUAAUGUGAAUGUGAUAAUCGAAGAAUAGGAAACCCAAGCACAGAUGGAUUCGAUCGAUGAAGACCAAAGUGUGUUUAGAAAAAUGAAAGAAUUAGAUGGAAAGAGAUUUCAUAGAUUAAUUUCAUUAGAAAAUUAAACAUAAAGCUCUCAGAAAGAAUGA